AUGGCUCCAACCGAACCUUCGCAUUCGACCGCGUUCAAUACGCUCCCCAUCGAGCUGAACAAGGAGAUCGCCCACCUUCUUCAUGAUCACAAGGACAUUGCCAGCUUCAAAGCCAUCUGCCGCGCUACUCGCAAUGCGAUUGAUGGAGACAACUUCUCCUUCUGGCGAGCCAAGUUCUGCGAGGACUUCGCGAGGCCAAUGAAUAAAACCAACAUGCAGCUGUGCCGUCAGUACAAGGAGCGUUGGCGCCUGCUGAGGCGGUUCGUCACCAUGAAGACGUUCCCCCAGUACCAGUUCGUGCGUGGUCAUAAUCAUAACGAGAAGGCUAUUGUGAGGAUCCUGGCGGGCCUGAUCAAUGAUUCCUUUGCGGGCAGCGCCCAGUCUGGCAAUGGGAACCGUCCCCAUUGCUUGAACAUGGUACGCCUGAGGGAGUUCGUCUUGAACUCGACGCUUCUGCUGGGUGGCAGGCGGCCUCCGGCUCCGGUGGCCUAUGAGAGCCCAGCCGUCCACACAAUGCUCAUCGCCGUCAGGCUCAUGGCUGCGCAUUUCCUCUUGGGCCAAGCGUUCCAGACAGGAAGCUGGUUCGCACUGGAUGAGGCGAGAGAAGCCGUCUAUGCUGCUACCAAAUUUGCCCCCCUGUUUGUAGGCCCCGGUGAGGAAUUCCUCCACUUUGCGUGGUUCAACCAUUGCAUGAACUUUUUCCGAUGCUACAUGACAACUCCAGGGGCCGGACUCCUUUAUGCCGUGAUGCGAGGCUUGCCUGCGUCGCAGAGGCCUACUGCAUGGGAGGGACCCUUGAAGCCAGGCGUUUCCCCAAUCGGAACUCAUUGGAAGGGUACACUUGCUCACCAGACAUACGAUAAGCUUACCCGUUUCCGGAACAAUCCCAACUCGGACCGCGAGGCCGACCAGAUCCACACCGAUCACUAUGUCGAGGAUGGCACCCUUCAGGAUCUCUAUCUGGGCUUUUUGUCGAAGGAAGAGCAAGACACGAUGACUUGGCCGGCAAAAUUUGAGAACAGCCUCCAUUCGCGUCGCUACCGUGAUGCCGCCGCCAAAAAGAUGGCUGCUCGACAGGGCAAGCGAUUCACGAGCGACGUCCCCCCGGACGACAGCAUUCGCUUCGAGGGCCGGGGCAGAGACAUCCACGAAGACUUCGCCGCCUCAGGCUGGCUCAACCCCCUCCCCGACCAGUGCGGCAUCCCCGGCUGGCAGCGCAUCACCUUUAUGAAGCAUGACGAGAAGGACAUCAACUACAUCGUAGGCAAUGACUUGUGGGCCUGUGAGGGUGUGGUCUUGCCCGGCGGGAAGAUCAUGAUGGGCCGCUGGUGGUACGUGGACAACAACAUCCUUUCCGGUGAGGAGUAUAGCGGCCCGUUCAUCUUCUGGGCUGUGGAGCCCCCAGCCGGUUAUUGA